AUGAGGGGGCCCGGGUUUUUACCUCUGGUCUUGCUGGGUUUGCUGUGGUUGCUGUGUGAGUGCAGGGCGCCGUCGGGAAUGCAAAGGCUCGGGGCCAGAAGACGCGUGAGGUUGGUCAGGCUGACGAACGGGACAUUGAGCAGAUCCUCCCGCCCGCUGGCUACGGCACAGCGGGACGACAGCAGCUCUCCCCGAGGCCGGUACCGGAGCCGCCUGCCGAGUCGUCGCUCCCCUGCCCAAGCCGCGCGGAGCCGCCAGGUGCGCGUGCCCGCCGCCGGGACCCCGAGCCUGCUGGCGGCAAUGGCCGGGAAGCAGCGCCUCUGGAUCAUCUCAGCUCCCCACGCUGCUGACGGCUACUACCGCCUGAUGCUCAGCCUCCUGAAGGACGAUGUCUACUGCGAGCUGGCCGAGAGGCACAUCUACCAACUGGUGCUGUUCCACCAGGACGGAGAGAUGGGCGGCAAAGUCAGGAAGAUCACUAACCAGGGCACCGUCCUCGAGGAGCCCUUGGACGCCAGGACUGUCCUCAAGUUGCUGGACUUCCUGAAACUCGAGAGAGGCAAAUUCAGCAUGGUCCUGCUGAGGAAGAACCUCCAGCUGGAGGAGACCUACCCUUACCCGGUCAGACUGGAGGCCAUGUACGAAGUGAUCGACCAGGGCCCAAUUCGGAAAAUCGAGAGGUUGAGGCAGAAAGGGUUUGUGCAGAAAUGUAAACAGGCGGGUGUGGAAGGGAAGGUAAUUGGACCCACUGAGGGCCAGAAGAGGAGUGAAGAGAAGCUCAGGCCUACGCCAACGAAUGAGAAUGUUGAGGUACCCAGUCCAAAGGAGACGUUGGAAGAAAAGGUGUCGGAGAAAAGGAAGAAGGUUAUCAUUAGGAAGCCUAUUAGGAUAUCACUGAACACACAUGGAGGUUCUAAAUUAGUCAGGGCAACUGUAGCACCAACUAGAACAACCACUCGCACUAUAAAACCAACUACUUUACCCCCCACCACAACUACUGUCACCGAUUUCAGCACAACAGUGCCAUCUACCACUACUUCUGAUAGACAAGGUGGCACCUCACACUUUACAAGAUCUUAUGUAAUAUUAUCACCGUCUUUACCAAAAUUCCACAAACAGGCGGUCAAUGUUGAAACGCCAACAAGAUUGACAACUGGCACUAACUCCCCAGCAGCUCGAGGUGGCACACAUCGAGGUAGACAUCGGACUGCGACCAGCAUUGAUGUCAGUAAAUCUCAUCCCAAAAAAUCCUCAAAAACUCUCCAAUACUAUCCUCCAACGCCAACUUUUCAGACUACAACAGUCAGUCCAGAUUAUGCAAAAGAACAGACAGUUCGGCACAAAUACAACCGUUCAGACAAAAAAACAGGGAAUUAUCACAAGAAGGGGCCACGGGUGACACCAAUCCUUCGCAAGCCUACCAAAACUAAGCCACCAAAGUCCAAAAAUACAAAUAAUAAAAUCCUUAUCAAUGAGUAUGAGGAUAAAUAUGAUUCUGAUAAAACCUCAUCUACGGACACAGGGCAGGAGGUUGAAGGGUCACGUAUACCUCUGAAAAAAGGCAAGGAACAGAAGAAGCAUGGCAAGCCAGUCAAGAACGAAAAGAAGAAGAAGCCUGUGAAAAAAGACAAAGCAGAGAAAAAAAUAAAACCUGUGCUGAAAACUAAACCUCUAAAGGAAGCCAAACAUAAAAAUCCCAAGAAGGCAAACAAGAAAGGGAUCUUCAAACUGCCUAAGAAGUUUCCAGGAAUGCCAAAGACAUUGGCAUCCAUUCUCAGCCACUUUGAAAAUAGACGACGUCUAAUACUUAUUACCUCUCCAAAUGACAGAAACAACAUGUAUGAACAGCAGCGAGAUGAGUAUUUAGAGCACGUCUGUGAAAUGGCGUUAAGAAAAAUCUCAAUUAUCACCAUUUUUGGACCUUUGAAUAACAGCACGAUUAAAAUUGAUCAUUACCAGCUGGACAAUGAGAAGCCAGUGAAAGAUAUAAAACACGGUGACUUGGAUCAAAGCCUCAUCACUGAACUUCGCAAAGAAUAUGGGAUAACAGAAAAUGAGUUCUUCAUGGUGCUAACAGAUGUGGAUAUGAGAGUCAAGCAACACUAUGAAGUACCAAUCGCUAUGAAAGCUGUGUUCAAUUUGAUUGACACCUUCACAACAAGAAUCAAGGAGAUGGAGAAACAGAAGAGAGAUGGCACUCCAUGCAAGAAAGAAGAUAAACCUAGAUCAUUGGAAAAUUUCUUAUCCAGAUUCCGUUGGAGGAGACGUUUAUUUAUUAUUUCUACCCCCACUGAUGAAGAAUGGGCUUAUCAACAUCAGCUUUACGCCUUAAAUUCACAAGCUUGCAACCUAGGUUUACGUCAUUUGGCUGUUCUGAAGUUGAUGGGUGUGGGUAUUGAUGUUGGAGGCGUUUUGGAACUCUAUCCAAUUAAUGGAAGUGCAACUGUUGACCGUGAAGAUCUCUCUCCAUCAUUGGUAGAAGACAUACGGAAUUAUUUCCAAGUGAGCCCAGAGUAUUUCUCAAUGUUACUGGUUGGGAAAGAUGGAAAUGUCAAGUCAUGGUAUCCAACUCCGAUGUGGAACAUGGCUAUAGUUUAUGACCUUGUUGACUCCAUGCAGCUUCGACGACAGGAAAUGGCCAUUCAACAGUCUUUGGGUAUGCGUUGCCCAGAGGAUGAAUAUGGAUAUGGUUACCAUGGUUACCAAGAUGGAUAUCAUCAACAGGGUCACUAUGGUGGAUACCAUUACUAAAAGUAAUAAAUUGUGUCAUUUUGGUUUAAAUGCUGCAAACAACAAGGACUAAAUUUCAAAAACAAUCUAUAAACCACAUUGGAUACCAAAUGGAGCUACAGCAAUUGAGAAAAAUGUUCAUUUUUUUGUUAUAUUUGGAAAUGCUUAAAGACUAAUCACUGAAAGCUGUACUGACUUAAAGAACAACCUGUAGUUUUGGAAUCGAUAUUAUAGUCAAGAUUUUUGCGAGAACUUUUGUGCAACUGAUGCUUAUCAUGAAAAUUGAGCAUAUUCAUAAUUUAGAGGUGCUUGUUUGAUUUAUCAUAUUUAUUGUGUAUCAAAGGGAGAAAGACUUGCAUCACCUAUAAGGAACCAAAUAGAAAUAGUCACACCAUGUACACAUCAGAUUCCAAGAGAAUAUUAAGAGAAAAUUUCCUUCCUAAUCAACAGUAUGUAAAGAUAUAUCUACACUGAAACUAAAAAGCCAAAGGAUUUUAACAAAAAUGAAUCUAGUUUUAGUACCAUCUAUUCUGAUGCUGCAAAAUGCUGCAGCAGAACAAGAAUGUUUACAAAGUAGAAGAUGCAAGUCAUUUGAAAAGUACAUUUGAAAUUAGCCUUAUAAUAGUUAUAGAAACACUUUUUGAUAAAUGCAGUAACUGCAACUUGUUUUAAUCUCACCAAGGAGGAUCUGAACAUAAACUGUGUACCAUGCUGUCAGUUUGUAUUGUAAUGGUGAGUAAAGUUUGAAGGGCUGUAGUCAUGUUGUACCUCUGACCCUGCACUGCAUCUAACAAAUAAAUUCCUUUAUAAGGAAAUGGCUAAACAAAGCAUGGGUAGAUCAAUAUUUUGGGUACAGCCUCUUGUGUGGAUUAAAACUGCACUUGGGUUGGCGUAGAUUCAACACAGAAGGAGGCCAUGUGUAUGAAGGGAGGGUUCAUUCUGUGUUUUCAAUUUAUUGGGUGGACCGGAAACAAAUGUUCACUUUUAUUCUAAAAAAUACACAUAUUGUUACAAUUAGAAGUUUAGUCCUAGCCAAUUUUGCUUCCUCAACCAAUGUCAUUAAACUUGAUUAUUUGGUCAGUAUAACUUUAAAAUAGUGUUUGUGGAACCCUGCUGUGCACUUAUUCUUUGCUAUGUUUCCUCCAGUUACAAGAGUGACUGUCUUUCUAAAGUACCACAUUGGCUGCAAAGUGCUUUGCGAGAUUCUGAAAUUAUGAAAUGUGCUAUAUUAGUGCAAGUGUUUAUUUGUGUGCGUUGCUGUCAAGUUAUGGAGAUGAGUUAAACUAACAUUUCUCACAGACAUUCAGAAAGCUAUGGCUCAAGUAUAGGGAAGAAGAUGUGUUUGUAAAGCUCAGUGGCAUUGUUGCACAAUAUAUUAUGGUGCAUAACCAUUUUUAGUCACAAAAGUUGGUUUUUAAAACAGAUAUAAUUCAAAACUUUAUGUGGUAUUGAAUAAAUGUGUCGGAUAAAUUCCAGAGAAUAUUUAGUAGGCAAGUGUGUCUACUGUACACCAUUCAAUGACCUUAGCAUUAGUUAGAUUUUAAGUAUGUAUGAAUUGUAGAAAACAAGCACUGCUUUCAGUUUUAUCAGUUACAGUGUCCCACUAAUUGAAUUCCUGGUCAACUAGGAUGUUAGUUUUAGACACAAUUUAUGUUUUCCUUUCACUUCAUAUCAAUGUAUUAUUCUGAAUUGUUAAAAAAGACUGGAUUUUUUUUGUUUAGGGAAACAAUAAUAACACCAGCAAUUGUUUAA